GUUCAACUGAUAGAAAAGAUAAGGCGAAAAAGAUGGCGGUUACUUCUUCCCUCUCAGUUUUCUUGGCAAAUUCAGUGCCCCAAUUCCGCUCCUACCAAGUCGAAACCAGAAUUAGGGUUUUGAACCAGAAAACCCUCAGGUUCUACGAGAGGUUGGGUAGUAGAUAUAGCUCUACGAGACUAAAUGCAGCUGGAUUGUCUGAGAUUGAGCCUGAUCUCAACGAAGAUCCGAUUGACCGUUGGGCCACUCCCGGUAUUGACGCUGAAGAUUUUAAGUACGGAGAGUACGAUGAGCAUCAUACCUUCUACGAAGGCGAGGAAAAAAGAACAUUUUGGGAAUUAAUUGCUGAAGAUAUUAAAGCAGUAGAGCCGCCAACAGGUUUUCAGGGUUUUAUUUCAUGGCUCUUUCUUCCAGCAGUUGCAGCUGGGAUGUAUUUCAAUGUUCCGGGGGAGUACCUGUUUAUUGGAGCAGGCUUAUUUGCAUUAAUAUUUUGCAUAAUAGAGAUGGAUAAGCCCGACAAGCCUCACCACUUUGAACCCCAGAUAUACAAUAUGGAGAGGGGAGCUCGUGACAAGUUGAUAAAUGAUUACAACACCAUGAGCAUAUGGGAUUUCAAUGAGAAGUACGGUGACCUCUGGGAUUUCACCAUACAGAAGGAUGACAUAACAAAGAGAUAAUUCCUCUAUGGUGAGAACAACUGUAAUUGUUACCAUUUUAUAUGUAAUAUCAUUGAAAGGUAUAGCUCGUAUUUGUAAAUUUUUGCUUGCUC